AUAAAAUGCUUUGUAGUGCGCCUUAGACGUCUAGUUCCAGUGCCGGUUUUACAUCGCUGAGCGAGUAGCAGCGAUGGAGUCUUAUGUUUAUAUAUUUAUUUUAUUAACAUUUACUAACUUGGGGUAUGCAGUUUCACAUUGUCCGGAGACAUGGCUCGACUGCGGGAAUGGUGAAUGUGUAUCGUAUAUGUGGAUCUGUGAUAAUGACAAUGAUUGUGGCAAUUUAAAAGACGAAGAAAACUGCGAUAAGAAGGUAUCUCAUGUAAAGUGCUUGAGCAGUCAGUUCCAGUGCGAUGGCCACUGUAUACCUGAAGUUUGGCACUGUGAUGGCGAACAUGACUGUCUAGAUAAGACAGAUGAAUACGGUUGUGAAAACCUCACAGAAUGCAGUGGAUUCCGAUGCCAAGACCAUCACUGUAUUCCUGAGAGAUGGAAAUGUGACGGUAUUAAAGAUUGCCCAGAUGGUUCUGAUGAACUCUGCCCUUCAGCCAAACUCUGCUCUGAAUCGCAGUUCACUUGCUCAUCUGGCUCGUGCAUACCUCUGGCUGCUGUAUGUGAUGGAAAGAGUGAUUGCUCAGAUGCAAGCGAUGAAGGACAACACUGUAAUGAGACAUGUGCGGCUUUAACAUGUUCCCAAAAAUGCAGACAUUCUCCCAUCGGACCAGUGUGUUACUGUGAGAAAGGUUACAAGUUGCAAAAAGACAACAAGACUUGUUUAGAUGUUAACGAAUGUGCCGAUGAUGGAUUCUGCAGCCAUGACUGUGUCAACCUCCCUGGAAGUUACAAAUGCUCCUGUAGAGAAGGUUACAAACUGGUGAGCAGAACUUGCUUGGCAACGGACGUAGAACCUUUGCUUAUAUUUUCCACUCGGCGUGAAAUCCGAGGCAUGUACCUAAGAUCUGGUCGUUAUUUCUUAAUACGGAAAUCUGUGUCGACAUCGUCUGCUAUAGAUUUUGAUCCGAUUACCUCGAAGGUAUACUGGAUUGAUAUUUCCAAUCGCUCGGCAAUUUAUUCGGCUAAUAUAGAUGGCAGUGACUUCAAACAAGUAUUAAGUAAUGGUCUUCUAAUGCCCGAGGACAUAGCUGUGGAUUACGUGGGAAGAAAUCUGUAUAUUAGUGAUUCAGAACUAAAACUAAUAUUGGUUUGUAAAAUGGAUAACAGCGUUUGCCAUGCGUUGCAUAGUAUCAAAAUGGGGAAACUUCGAGCACUUGCACUGGAUCCGGCUGAAGGAAUUCUUUACUGGACUGACUGGGGAAUGAAAACAGCAGGGAUAUACCGCAGCGGCAUGGACGGAUCACAUCCUUCUCCCCUGGUUUCCAAAGAUAUAAAGUGGCCAAAUGGUAUUUGUAUUGACCAUACCACCGAUCGACUCUAUUGGACGGAUGCGGGUUUAAAUACGAUCGAGUUCAUAACACUUGAUGGAAAAUCCCGAAAAGUUCUGCUUAAGAAUGCAGUUUAUCACCCAUAUUUUAUUGCUGUAUUUGAAGACAGCUUAUUUUGGUCUAACUGGGAUACCUUCUCUUUAGAAACCUCCAACAAAUUCACAGGUCAUAAUGUGACUGUGAUAGCUAGAGAAAAUGGACAACAUAUUAUGGGAGUGCAUGUUUAUCAUCCUGUACUUGAGAGAACAAAACAUAACCCUUGCUGGUCUAAUACUUGCAGUCAUAUGUGCUUAAUAGCUCCUUCCAGAAAUCACCGAUGCGCAUGCCCAGUUGGAUUUUCGCUCUCAAAUGAUGAACAGACAUGCCAAAUGAACAGCAAUUCCCCUUCGCUUUUCGUCAACGACGAAACAAAAAUUUACCACAUACAACCGGAAGCUGUGGGCGGAGGGGCUGUCACAGAAUUGCCCCCUACUCAUCUUCCCCUAAUUGGAAGAGUUAUCUAUGACUGGAAAUCGAAGUUUCUUUUCAUCAGCGAAUUAACUCGUCCAGCCAUACAUGCCAUCAACAUGACAUCUUUAACUACGCGGGAACUAGUCGAAGAGCACCUUGUUGUCCCUGAAGACCUCUCAUUUGAUUGGACAAGCAACAAUUUGUAUUGGUUGGAUUCCAGCAAAGGCACUGUGGAAGUGAUGUCCAUCAGUAAUUCUCGACGGUCGAUAAUCGUAGUUGACUUGUCUAAACCUGUUGCUAUUAGCCUUGAUCCUCUUCGUAGGUUGAUGUUUAUAUCUGUUGUCGGAGAUGCACCUUCAGUAUCCAUGUAUGAUAUGGAUGGAACGAACCAAAGGCUGUUGAGGAAGAUCUCUGGACCAGCUAUAUCGCUUGCCGUACAUCCCACAAGAAGUCUUCUAUUCUGGGCAAAUCCUAAAAGUGGCACAAUUGCAUCAAUAGAUUACUUGAAUUUGCAUAAAAACCGUGUGCUGCACAAAGACGAAAUCGGCAAUGUGAUUUCACUUACGGUUAGUGAACACUUCAUUUACUGGACAGAUUCUGAAAACCCACAUCUGAAUUUAAUGAAGCAGAAUUCAGCCGAUGCUUACUCAGUAUCUCUAACCGGUGUCCAAGGAGGAUUGUCAUCGAAGAAAGUCUUUUAUUCUUUCACUCCGGAUAUAGCGAAUACCUCCUCGGAAUUUUCUCCGUGCUCUGUUAACAACGGUGGCUGCAGUUAUCUCUGCCUCAACUCGCCGAAGGGAAGAACAUGCCUUUGUCCUAUCGGAAUGGAGAUCUUGAAGGACAACGCAACAUGCGGAGGCCGAAAAUGUGAAGCAGACGAAUUCCGCUGCCUAAAGAACGGAACAUGUAUUCCCAAAACUUUUGUUUGCGAUGGAGUCAAAGAUUGCGAAGAUGCUUCUGAUGAAAACUGUGAUGAACCAUCAGGACAUCGGUGCCCAGCAAACGAUUUCCAGUGUCGAAACGGUCAUUGUAUCAUUAGCUCCUGGAAAUGUGACAAGAGGGAUGAUUGUGGUGAUAAUUCUGACGAGGAAGGCUGCCCUCCUAUAGAGAGUUGUUCUAAAGACUCGUUUACUUGCGAAAAUGGUGCCUGUAUUCCUUUGCUGUGGCGAUGCGAUCUCCAGAAGGACUGUGAAGAUGGCAGCGAUGAGAACAAAUGUCACUUGACCGAGUGUGAUGUGGAAACUCAGAUGAGAUGCGAUCAUGGUCGGUGUAUACCAAAAGCUUGGGUUUGCGACGGCAAUUUGGAUUGCAGUGACGGCAUUGAUGAAAGAAACUGCUCAACUGAACCUAAGGCGUGCGGUUUAAAGGAAUUCAGAUGUGGUGAUGCGACAUGCGUUGAUAAACUGAUGGUAUGUGAUGGGAAGAAGGACUGUGCGGACGGUUCCGAUGAAAAGAAUUGCACAAAGAAUAUUCCUUGCAAAGCAAAUGAAUUUCAAUGCAGCGAUGAAUCCUGUAUUUACAUUCACGAUGUCUGCGAUGGAUUUAAAGAUUGCCCGAAAGGGGAGGAAGAGUUAAAUUGUAAAGCUGCUGAAAACUGUACUGCAGGACAGUACUUGUGUGCUUCUUCGAAACGCUGUAUUUCUCUUAAAUGGCUAUGCGACGGUGACGAUGACUGCGGUGAUGCGUCUGAUGAAGACGAAAAAUGUCUUUCAAAUGGUCAGACAACAGUUGCGCCUUCCAAACCAGCUGAAUGUGAAGACUUUCGAUGCUUGAUGUCCGGGGAAUGUGUACCACUGCCGAGAGUUUGCGAUGGGCGGCAUGACUGCGUUGAUCUAACGGACGAAAGUUCUUUGUGCCUCAAAGCCUGUGAUCAUAAUGGUGGCUGCGCUCACAAAUGCACCAAAAUGCCGUACGGACCGAAGUGCUCCUGUUUUGAUGGCUUUAGGUUGAUGCCAGAUGGGAAAGCUUGCGAGGAUAUUAACGAAUGCCUUUCUCCUGGAAGUUGCAGCCACUUCUGCAAUAAUACUAAAGGAGGAUUCAAAUGCAGUUGUGCUGAAGGCUAUUUCUUGGAGCAAGAUCACCGGACGUGCAAAGCCGACGGAGGAUCUGCCAUUCUCGUCUACUCGCUACCAGAUCAGAUCAGGGGCAUAGAUUUAAGCAGCCAUACUCAAAAGGUCUACGUGAAUUCGGAGUAUUCACAGAUAAUGGGAAUCGAUUAUGAUGCUUCUGAAGGAGUCAUUUAUUGGGCCGACUGGAGACGGGGAACUGUAAGUAGUUACAGCUUUGAUUCCAAGCGAGAAGAUAAAUUGAUUGACUGUGAAGAGAGACCAAACUAUCUCAGAUUUGAUUGGAUAGCUAAAAACAUCUACUACACAACGGAUAAAGUAGACAUCGUAGCUUGCAACAAAGACGGAACCUAUUGUUCAACUAUCCUACGUUCUGUGGCACCUUUUGUGAAUGGGUUCGCUAUUUCGCCUGUGAAAGGGCUUAUGUUCUGGUGUGUGUGGAGUACCGUGCUCCAGAAGACUUUUGGUGUCAUCGAGAGGGCAGAAACAGAUGGCUCCGAAAAGAUAACUCUCAUUUCUCGGGAUAUAGACUGGCCUGCGUCAAUUACAGUAGAUCAAGUCUUGAAUAUAAUUUGCUGGACUGAUACUAAUCUAAAUACAUUAGAAUGUGCCGAUUUCCAUGGACUUCACAGGAGGCAAGUACCUACCAAAGACAUGUACUACCCAUUCUCCUUGACGUUUUUCGAAGAUACCGUAUUUUGGGCAGAUUUUGGAACGGACAGCUUCAUUCGCUGCAACAAGUUUACAGGAUCCAGUUGCUUCGUCUUCCAUAAAGGAAACGCUAAAGCUGAAGCUAUGGUGGUAGUACACAGAGUUCAGCAACCUAAAGGUGAGAACCGUUGCGCCUCCAACACAUGUCAGCAGUUAUGUUUACAAUCACGCUCCAGUUUCGUUUGUCGGUGUGAUGAUAAAUAUCUGCUUCGUAAUGACAGCACUUGUGAACUCCUGACAAUCACAAGAUACCACACCAGGACUAGACCCCAAACCAAGACCAGGCCCUAUGUUACAUCCACUACCAUACCAAGUUCAGCUUCGCGAGCUACCACACGAAGAUACCAAAGAAAACAAACUACAGUGAAACCACCCCAAACUAAACUGAGUUGCCCAGAUUCAUACUGUUUUCAAGAUUCGCCGUGUUCAGUCAUCGAAGGAAGGUACCAUUGCGAAUGUCCAUAUUUAUUUAUUGGAGAAAGAUGCGAGACGCAUAUAGCCGCAACACAAGCGGAAAAUGACUAUAGUUGGAUCAUUGGAAUUAUCUUGGGUCUUGCUUUGAUUGCUGGUAUUGUUACUGCUCUUCUGCUUUGCAAGCAAAACAGAGAGAAACUUACCAAAAUGGGUGAACACGUAGCGGUCACAUUCCGAAAAUCGCGAUUUAGAAGAAACAGCGGCAGACUAGUGGUAGACAUGGACGACAGAGAUUCAUCUGAAGAACUCAUCCUGGGGAAAUGUGGAUCCUACAAGUCUUCAUCUGGAUUUGGCAAUCCUUUGUUCGGGAAACAACCACAUAUACUCAAGGACUUGGAAUCCAAAGAAGACUUCAAAAGAUGGCCAUCGCAUGACUCGAAUGACUCCGCAUUUGUGAGCGAGUGUCCUAAAGACGGAUCACUUCUUUGCAUCGCUGAGACAUCCAUGACUAAUGCCAAGCCUGAGAGCAAAAUCGCACAGUUUUUCAGGAAAAUAUAAAAUUUUAAAUUCAUAAUCAUUUAUUAAUCGAGCCUGUUUUGUUACUUUUAAAUUAAUAAACUAAUAUGUUGAAUUUUAA